AGAUAGCCUAAACUCGAACUUGUAUUCUUUCCUUUGAAGAUUCAUCAAUUUGUAUGUCUCCAGAUUUUGCAUAUCAUUCCAGCCCGUAACUUUCCUUUUUCAAGUCCUAAAUUCACGGUGAGCGACUAAACGUAUUUUCGGGGUCGUGAAAGAAUACCCUUUUUAGAUUAGUAAAAAUUCAGACACGGAAAUUUCAGGCGGUUUAAGAUGUUACCGGUUCAGUGUUGCGUUCAUAUGUUCCUAGACUAGACUUAAAUACUAUAAAUAAAUUAUAAAUACUCAGAUCAACGGUAAGAGGAAUUAACCAACUACUGGUCUGGGAUUAUUUUUAUUCUUUCAACAUCAAUCAAAUUGGCCGCCGGCCGGCGCCGCCAAGACGGUUGACGACGACGUAUAGCAAGAUGAGGAUGUUUGUAUUAGCCGCCCUUCGCUUCAGCCUCUUCGUCUUGGCCACCAGCAGCUCAUCAGUGGAGGCCGAAACGGUCUAUCAAGUGUGGGAUGUAAAGUUCGAGCCCCGGUCACCGGAUGGUUACCGGAAACCGACUUUGACCGUCAACGGCAAAUACCCGGCACCCAUUAUCAACACAACCCAAGGUGACACAAUCGUGGUCAACGUCAUAAACAAUCUAAGGACCGAUCUCGCCAUCCAUUGGCAUGGCAUCAAACAGCCGGGAACAUUCCUUUACCAUCCUCAUAGUGGGUUGCUAAGAUCGGAAGGAUUACAAUCACUUAUCAUAGUGGCUGCCGCUGCUGGAAAUCCGGAACCAUUUGUGUAUGACGAUGAAACAAGUAUUCUGCUGGAGGAUUGGUACCACCAGAGUCAUCUUGACCAAGCGGCUGGCCUUGCUGCCUCCCCCUUUCGGUGGGUUGGCGAGCCUCAGUCGCUUUUGAUAAAUGGAAUAGGAAAGUUCAAUUGUAGCAAUGCAAAUGCAACCGCCGCCGCAGCUUGUAAUGACACAGGACUAGAGUCCCUUUAUUCCCUGACCGUCGUUUACGGCAAGACUUACCGGAUUAGGAUCGGCAGCUUGACCUCCCUUUCUGCUUUAAGUUUCCAAAUUGAGGGUCAUAGUAUGACCGUGGUUGAGGCGGAUGGUCACUACGUGGAACCAUUUGAAGUGACAAAUCUGUUCAUUUAUUCGGGCGAAACAUAUUCGGUAUUGGUCAACGCCAGCCAAGACCCUACAAGGAGCUACUGGAUGAGUUCGGCGGUAGUGGCUCGAAACCGCACCACCCCAAAUGGCUUGGCUAUCCUCACCUACCUCAACAGUAAUUCUGCUGCAAAAAAGCCACCCACGACUCCACCGGAGGCGGCGCGCUGGGACGACCUCGACUCCCGGCUGAAGCAGAGCUGGGAUAUCGUGGCCCGAAAGGAUCGCGUCGUCGAGGUGCCCAAGACAUCGGACCGCGUCAUCCUCAUGCUCAAUACCCAAAACAACAUCGACGGGAAAAAGAAGUGGGCCAUGAACGGUGUGUCCUUGAAGUUUCCGGAGAAGCCGUAUCUGAUCGCGCUAAAAGACGGUCUACUAAGAGGCGGUGUUAACCAAACACAGCCUCCGGAUUCCUACGACGUGAAAAACUACGACAUCUAUUCGGAGCCGAAGAACCCGAACGCCACGGCUAGCAGCUCCUAUUACAAGCUCAAGUUCAACUCCACUGUGGACGUCAUCCUUCAGAAUGCCAACGUGCUGAGUGGUCAAGUGAGUGAGACACAUCCGUGGCAUUUGCACGGGCACGACUUUUGGGUGCUGGGUUAUGGAGCGGGGAAGUAUAACCACUCAACUGACCAGCACAAGCUCAACCUUGUGAACCCGAUCAUGAAAUACACUGCCCCGCUCCAUGGCUACGGAUGGACCGCAUUGCGGUUCAAGGCGGAUAACCCGGGGGUCUGGCUCUUUCAUUGCCACCUCGAUGCGCAUUUCUUCAUGGGGAUGGGUGUGGUUUUUGAGGAAGGGAUUGAGCAGGUGGGGGAAUUGCCUCCGUCCAUUAUGGGAUGUAUUCCCCCCAAACACUAGCUUAGCUAGCUAGCAGGAGCUGCCCGGCCGGUUGUCCAAACUCCAAAACAUAAUGCAUGAGACCCCUGUCCUUACAUACACACGUAUACAUCAUUUAGUUAUGGCUUUGACUUUCUAAACAAUGAUUUUGACAUCUACCGAGUAUACUUUUGUAAAACUUUUAUAUUUAUUUUAUACUUUUAUGGUACGGAGUAUUAUUGUUUAAGCUUUUUUGUAAGCUAAAUAUAUUCGAAAAC